AUGAACGUUCCUCUCCUGCUUUUACUCCUCUUUCAGUUGUCUCGCUCUGCAGUGCUUACGGGAUCUGAACGCGCGUAUUUGGAGCACCAACUUGUCGCGGAAGGGCGCGUAUCGGGGCGCAGGACUGGAAGACUGUACUGUAGAGUUGGAAUAGGGUUCCACCUUCAGAUUCACGCCGAUGGAAGAGUCAACGGGAGUCACGAACCUAAUCCGUUAAGUGUGCUGGAGCUGUUUGCCGUGUCUCAGGGGGUCAUAGGGAUCCGAGGGGUUUUUAGCAGCCAAUUUCUAGCCAUGAACAAGAGGGGGAGGCUUCAUGCGACUGAGAGCUUUACAGAUGACUGUAAGUUCAGGGAGAGGUUUCAGGAGAACAGCUACAACACGUACGCCUCAGUGAUCCACAAGAACCAUCGCACUGGUAGAGAGUGGUUUGUGGCACUUAACAAGAGAGGAAAAGCAAAAAUGGGGUCCAGUCCGAGAGUAAAGUCACAACACGUGUCUACACAUUUUCUGCCGAGGAUGAACCUACAUGAAAAGACUGAACAAGGAUUCACAAUAACAGACAAAGAGCAGGAAAAACAACCACCUCCACAUCCAUCAACACCCCCUAUACCGAAAAUAGCAGUCAACACUGGAAAGAAGAAUCGACCAGUAGUCAAAUACUGGCCGAAGUUUCGAUUUGGAUAA